AUGCCUCCGCUGCAGGGUCGCAAACGCUCAAAGCUCGCGUGCGAAACGUGUAGGGAUCUCAAACGCAAGUGCGAUGGUGCCCAGCCGUGUGCGGCCUGUGUGCGCUUCGAGUAUGAGUGCGUAUACAAGGGACCUAGGAAGAGGAGGACAGAGCAGAGUCACGACCUGGUGCAGUCUUCGCCGGCUCAAGAGGUUCAGCCUUUGCGUAGCCCGCACACAACCUCGUCACCUAAUCAUCUCCGGUCGCUAGAGGCAAACUCGGGGGCCGCGUUCUUGCGGAGGUUGGCUCUGAGGUUGGAUCCCAAGAAUGCACCUCGGAUGCACACGUUCGCUUGGAAUGCCUUUCUCGGGGCUCGAAAGACGGGGGUUCCUCCUGUUUGUCGGCCAAUCACCGACAUGCUAUCCCAGGCGGACAUGCAGAGCUUGGCGGCCGUCUACUAUGAAAAGGUGGACACGAUCUAUGGCUUCAUCGACCGUCAGGAUAUACAGCAACAUAUUGAGAGCAGAUGGACCGUCGGUGAGGGUCAGUCUUAUGAUGCUGUCCUCUGCGGCAUGGCUGCUCUCGGCUGUCUUCACUCCCAAGUAGACCCCAUGCCCGUGGAGCUCGACCUGGUAGAGUCAGCAAGGUUCCUACUCGAGCAGACAAUGUCCGACAUCCCGUCCGCGAUCGACGUCACAGCGUGGAUCCUCCGCGUUGUGUACCUCCGCGCAGUGGGAACCCCCCACACAGCCUGGAUGGCUAGCUGCACCCUCAUGCACCUCGCUGAAGCAGCAGGUCUACACUGGGAUCCCUCAGACGAAUCGGUCCUCCCAUCACCAGCGCCGGAAGUCGACGCCGAACUUCGAAGAAGGUUACUGGCCGUCGCGCAGCACCUCAACAUCUGGAUCUCAUACGAUAUGGGAAGGUCAAGAGUGGCGCUCUGCAACGCGACCAUGGAGAUGCCGUCUGUGAGGCCAGGUGACUUUACUGUCGAGCUGAUGGAGCUACUUCCUCUGUCCGCAGACCUUGAUCCUCAAAAGGCACCGGCGGCCUCUGAUCUGGAAUCCUCUUUAACAGCUGUAUUGAGCCGUGUUCACUCAGUCCCUCCGUCGAUCCUCGCCCAGUGCAACCUCACGCUAUGUCUCUGUCGUCGACUACAAUCCAUGAACACCUCCUUCACAGGCACCAUGCUUGAUCAGAUCCUCUCCAUCACCGCCAAAGGUAUAGAAGCCGCCCAAACCAUUCUCAACGCCCGCUCGCCAUGGCACCACAUGGCCAACGUACCCUUCCAAGUCGUCUGCGUCCUCUUAGCCAUCGACACCGUCUCCUCAAUAUCCCAACUCAAAGACGCAAUGCAGUGUCUCAGCAAUGUAGCGACAGUCUACAACACGGAUGCGACGAGAGAAGCGCUCAACACGGCGUCGCUCCUCAUACUCAUGCAUCAGAAGCGCAAGGAAAAGUGCGCCUCAGACCUCAAUGACAUUCUCAAGCUUUUCCCUGUCGCUCCGCUUCAAGAGGCACAGGCCGAGUUGCCGCCGCAGCAGAUGGACGACAUGAGGUGGCUGAAUAGUUUAGCGGGUGACUUGUCAAGUCUGGAUUACUCUGAUUUUGACCGGUUUCUUUUCCCGGCCAUGUUCUGA